AUGGCUUCUGAAGCCAAGACUCUUGCUGGGGAGUUCUUCUCCAGCAAUCCCAAUGGCGAUGUCCCCAAACACGAUCCAUGCGCUCUUCAUGCCCGUGUCCUGGGCGACCUUGCAAGUCAGGCGGACCGCACACCAGAGGACCUCGGAAUGCUUCUAGAAGGUGUGGACACGGUGGAGGAUCAUGGAUCGAUGGAUGAUAAGAAGAUGCUGGCAUGUCUCCCUCGAUGUAUACUGACUGAUUGUGCGUGAUGCUGAUCGAGAAUGCACAGAUGGAACAGAUCAUCCAACUAGCAGCUUCUUUGCCGUCAGAUUCUCCGCUUCUGCAGACGUUGUCUGGACAGAUUAUCACGAAGUUAUGGAAUGGCGUGCAGCAUCCUCCGCUUUCGUAUGUUGGGGAUGAGUGGAAGUAUAGGACUGCUGAUGGGUCGAAUAAUGUAAGCAUACCUCUCCUCGUCGGACACUCUUGGAUCUAACAAGCUCUAUAGAACAAGACUAUUCCAUGGCUCGGAAAGGCUGGGUCUGCGUACGCGCGAAGUGUUGAGCCUGAGACGAUCCUGCCGCCUACUCUGCCCGACGCAAGUCUGAUAUUCGAUGGUAUGGAUGGGCUCCUCAUUUCAAUCGACGAUGUCUCUACUGACUAAUUCGUCCUAGAACUCAUGGCACGAGAAGGAGGGACUCGUGAGCACCCCAACAAAGUGUCCAGCAUGCUUUUCUACCUAGCAACCAUUAUUGUGCACGGUAAGAAGCUCUCUGACCCUCAAGCAAACAUCAUCAUUCUAACCGAAUCGCCAGAUAUCUUCCGCACCAACGACCUCAACUGGACAAAAGCCGACAAUUCUUCUUACCUGGAUCUCUCUCCUCUCUACGGCAACAGCGAAGAAAGCCAACGAAACGUCCGCACCAUGAAAGACGGCAAAUUAAAGCCUGACAGUUUCUCCGAAGCACGUCUACUCGGCUUCCCGCCUGGUGUCGCGGCAUUGAUGUGCAGUUUCAAUCGCUUCCACAACUACGUGGCCGAUCAGCUCUCGCAAAUCGAUGAAGGUGGCAGAUUCACCCUGAUAUCUGAAGAGCAGUGGAGCUCUCCUUCCUACGCCGCUUUGAAUAAACAGCACGGCACUGCAGCCGCCAAACGGGAUCACGAUCUCUUCAACACCGCUCGUCUGAUUACCUGUGGCCUUUAUGUCAACAUCAUCCUCGGCGAUUACGUUCGUACGAUUCUCAACUUGAAUACCACGGCCUCGAGCUGGAUCCUGGAUCCAAGACAGGAUACAGGGAAACUGCAAACCCCAGAGGCUGUCGGAAAUCAGGUCUCUGUGGAGUUCAAUCUGGUCUACCGUUGGCAUUCUGCAAUCAGUGCCAAGGAUGAAAAGUGGACGCAAGAUUUUUUGAAGCAAAAUCUUGGGGAAGAUCGGGAUCUGGGCAGCUUGACUCUGCAGGACUUUGUGAAAGCGAAGACGGCUUUUGGGCAUUCAUUCAAGAACACGGAUCCUGGUCUUUGGCCGCUUGGGAAUUUGAAGAGGCAAGAGAACGGAUUUUUCAAGAGCGAAGAACUCGUAGAGGUCUUGUCUCAAGCCACGGAGGACUGUGCUGGUAUCCUCAUUUCGUCUUUCCGCUUCGACAACGGUGCUAGUGCUAACAUUCCACAGGCUCAUUCGGCGCUCGCAACGUUCCAAUCGCGAUGAAGGCAAUCGAAAUCAUGGGCAUCGAACAGGCUCGGAAAUGGAAUGUCGCUACGCUGAACGAGUUCCGCGAGUUCUUCGGCAUGCAGCGCCAUAAAACAUUUUCGGAUAUCACCACUCAGCCAGACGUAGCUGCCUCGCUAGAAACACUCUAUGGAUCUCCGGAUCUUGUGGAGCUUUAUCCGGGCUUGAUCGUUGAAGACGGCAAGCCAGUGGAGGAACCCGGGUCUGGACUGUGUCCUGGAUAUACCAUCUCGAGAGCCAUUUUGUCUGAUGCAGUGGCCCUCGUCAGAGGCGACAGGUUCUAUACCAAGGUGGGUUGCCUCAACUUUGGACAGAGAGCUGUCGCUGACGGGCAGAAGGAUUACAACGCGGCGACACUUACGAACUGGGGCUACACCAUUACGAAAGCGGAGCCUCAGAUCGCUGGCGGAGGUGUGAUGUAUAAACUCCUUUACAAUGCUUACCCACAGCAGUACCCGGCAAGCUCAAUCUACGCCAUGUAUCCUUUCCAGACUCCGGGCAAGACUAGGGAGAAUCUGUCAUCAUUGGGCCAAGUUCAGGAUUUCUGCUUCGAUCGGCCAGCACCAGCUCCUCGGCCAAGAUUGAUCAGCUCCUGGCAAGCGGCCACAGAAGUGCUUGCAGAUCACGAAAGGUUCAAGGUCCCAUGGGGCAAGCAAAUCAAAGACAUGACUCAGGGCAAAGAUUACUGCCACGCUGGAGACACUCAAUGGCAUCGGGACCAACACAAGUUCAUCGAUAACGCUGUCUACUGCCCUCACCAAUGGAAGGACGAGAUCAAGUCAAUGUACGAGAAAAUUACACUGGAUCUCAUCAAAUGUAACUCGCGCAAGCUGCGGAACGGAUACCAGCUGGAUAUUGUUAAAGACCUGGCCAAUCCUGCCUCUACUUUGGCCAUUGCGGAGCUCUUCCAUAUCCCACUCAAGACAUUUACAGAGGAAGCUGGAAUCCUCACUGUGGAACAGUUCCACACCCUGACGGAGUUGAUAUUCAUGUACAUCUUCACGAAUUCUGAUGAAUGCAAAGGCUACGAGCUGCGGCAGGGAGCUCUCAAGGCCGCUGCUACGAUCCGGCCUUUGACCGAACAGGUGGUGGAGCUAGUUGAGCAUUCGAAUUUCCACAAGAUGGCACAUCUAUUGCUCCGAGCUACUGGCCUUCGACCUAGCGAAGACGAUCUUGCCAAAUCUUUCGGCACCCAACUCAUCCAGCGCUUAAUCAAGGGCCGAGGUGACGGCGACAUCAGCACCAUCGUCCUCUCAACCCUCGCGGAAGGUAUCUGCGGCGGGGCGCAGGGUCUUGCACAAGUUCUGGACCUCUUACACCAAGAGAAAUACCACCAUCAUUGGGCCGAAGUCCAAAGACUGGCACGCUCGAACGAAGACGAAGAGCUAGAAAAGUAUGUUCUCGAAUGUCUCCGCAUCUCCGCCCCCGUCUUCGCCCUCCCUCGCAUUGCGAGCCAAAACACCACCAUCCAAGACGGAACCCACGGCACCAUCCAACUCCAGAGAGGCCACCCCGUGGUCGUCAACCUCAUCACCGCCGGACUCGACGCAUCCGUCUUCCCCAACCCUCUCGAGAUCAAACUCGAUCGCCCCGCCGCGAACUACCUCCAUCACGGCUGGGGACCGCACGCGUGUAUCGGGAGGAACAUCGUCACUACCGGCAUCGCGACACAAUUGAAAUGUCUCGCCAAGUGUAAGAAUCUUCGACGAACGCCGGGAUUGCAGGGCCAGAUGAAGACGACGUUGAAGGAUGGGAUGUUCAAGGUUUUUAUGAAGGCGGAUUGGAGUGACAGUUGGCCUUUUCCUACGACGAUGAAGUUUUUGCACGAGGGGUACGAGGAUUGA